CCUGCGCCACUAAUGGGCGGAAGCUGAACAGCGCUUCCCAUACACUCUUCAAGUGUGCCUACAGGCGCUAUAGGCCUUACCGUAAAAAAAAAAUAAUGAAAUAAAAUGAAUUCAGGAAAACACUCCCAGUGUUCUGAGCGAGCUACAAACAGCUGGGUGACUGGAGUGGUACUCGUAUUACAGCAUCGAUUACCCGUCCUCAUCGCAUCUCAUCACUCAGCUGGACAUCCAGAGUGGUAUAAGACUUCUACUCUCAUCACUUCUCACUCAUCGCUACAGGGAGAAGUAUAAUACUACACUACACAACUAAAAGCACUUACUGUGUCGCACAGACUUUUCAAAUAUUUCCGUAUCACGGCUACGGAGUUGAUCACAUAUAAUUCAGUUGUGGAACACUUCUCAGAUUUCUACAUAAUUUCAGAACUUGAAGCAGGGUCUACAGAGGACUACAGCGACUGCUGAUGGUUCCGUGACGUCAUUCCUUCUCUGAGAGACAGACUGCCGCCCUGUCAAGAUCGCCUGAGGAGCAUCUGUGACCUUCGCUUCGUACAUAUUUUCUCACAUCUUAGCAAUGGCGUUUUUCCUGCUUCUCUGGGGAACAUUAGGGACUGCAUUGGCUACUCCAACACAUCUCAAGCCAGGGGCACUCGUUGCGCCCUUGGGAACAGUGACCCUAGUGGAAGAUGCGUUGUUCGUCCGCUAUUCUUACUCCACUCUUCACUCAGUGCCGGAAGUCCUGAAGGGCGUUGCUUCAAGCUUAGCGGAGAUGGUUCGGCGAGUGGGGGUUGAACUCGCCGAACAGACAGACACACCAUCUUAUCCUCAUUCCACUUCUAUUUUCAACCUCCUAAAGACUCGCUUAACUUUUCUCUCUUAACAAACUUGCUACUGAUACUUACGACUUUUCUAAACACCCAAUGCAUGCUCGGAACAAGCGAGGAUUGAUCAAUGCUUUCGGUAAAAUUUCCCAAACUCUCUUUGGUACAGCAAUGGAUGAGGAUGUACAGGAUUUACGUGAACGCUUCAAUCAUCUUGUCAACAUUGCAACUAGUAAUAGACGAGUCAUUAAUAUGCACAGUAAACACAUUGCUAGUCUGGAAUCACAUUUGAAAGAUCUCCUUGGCCAUACCACCAUAAUCACCUUCGUAGUGUACUUAACGAUGCAAUAGUUCGCAUAGCUGAAUUGACGGACUUUGUUCUCGUAGAUCAGUCACUAGAAGUUCUAGAAUCCGCUCUAGAUGUCAUGUUUUCCUAUAAUUCUGUCCUCAUCCAAAACCUUGUUAAUGCCAGCCGGGGUAUAGUAACUGCUGCUCUUUUCCCUGUCGCUGAUCUAAUCAAGACACUUGACAUUGGACAGACUAUUUUCAAAUUACAACCUUUGUUUAACCGUGAUAUUGUGGAACAUCAUUAUCCCAUCUUAGAAACGGUUCUCACGCUUGAAGCUGUCGUCAUCUAUGUUCCUUUCAAAUCAAUGGACACCUUUCAUGCUUAUGAAAUCAUUCCUUUUCCAUUCUCUAUUAACACCUCUGUCCUAAUCCUAGACUUACCUCCUACUCUGGUUUUGAUUGCAAAGGAUUUUUCCGUGUAUACCACUACCUCAAGGGACUCGCUGAGUAGCUGCAUGUCAUCGUAUUUACACCGAUAUCACUGCGAUGCUACCCUUUUUAUUUUUCGCCCCAUUGUAGGGAAUAUGUGCGAGGUCAUCCUUACUCGUGUUCACGCAGAGGAUGCUCUCUUAACUUGUCCCUAUAGACAUAUAGUUCCACAGGCCAUUUUUCAACAUCCGUUCCAUGGUUAUCAUUACUUCUUCCCAACUCCCAUCCCUCUCGCAGUUGUUUGUCCGAAUGGUACAAUGUAUGAGAGGGUUGUUGGUCAUCAUGCAGUUCACAAUUUUUGUCAUGUUACGUCUACUAAUCUGACCACCUAUCCUAAACGUCUCUACGAAGCUUUUACUGUCAAUAUAUCUGCUCCUCAUCUUUUCCCUUUAUCUAUUUUGCAAAAUCUAUCUUUUUACAGGCUUUCUUAUGUUACUAACACCUUACAUGAAAUUAGAUUUUCAAACCAGUCAGAAUUUGCUCAAGCCUUAGAAGAGUCUCUUCCAGAGUACCUCGAUCCUGUUGUUUUCUAUCCUAGUCUCUUAGUUCCUAUUCUCCUGACCAUUUGCAUUUUACUUCCUCUCUUUAUUUGUGUUUACAAAGCGUUACGCCUUUAUUCUAAUCUUCAUGCUGCCAAAGUUGCCCAGCGGCGAUUUCACUCUCAACCAUGAACUUCCUGUAGUACACUUUAACACGGCUAGGUACACGAUUAGAAAAUUUCUAUGUAUGCUUUCUUUUUAUGCCACGAGGACGCGGCAGGUAUGUGACCGAGCGGUGUUAGGGUCCUUGUUUCUACACACAGCCGUGAGAAGCGAGGCUGAUCUUAGCGAGAAGCACAUCCUUUCAUUUUCAUGUGCAAGCACUUCUUAUGCUAAGUCAGUACACGUUCCCAAAGGCUCAGUGUGGGAACCUCUGGUUACUAGGUUAUAUAUAUGUAAUCAUAACAUCAUAGACAUAUAUUUAGUACUAUCAUAUAUUUUAUUUCUUUCAUUUAUAAUUAAGUGAUACUUUAACUAUUGUAACCAAUGCAUUUCUAACUGUUCUUUAAUAUAUGAGUCGGUCACCGGUGUCAGUGAGUUUUGUUGACGAGAGAUUGACAAGACGGAGCUACGUUAGUUGGAGUCUGAUGAAUACACGAGCUGGCCGUUGUGCUCCCCGGGCGUUUGCCAGGGAGCUGUGGACUGUGUGUGUGUACAAGACUAUCCUUGUGUAGUGUAAAUAACUGUAUUGUUAAUAUAAGGAAAACCCAA